UUUUUCAGUAUCUUGUUAUUGUAUUUCUGAUUGUGCAGUGCAUUGUAGAUUCUUCCUAAAAAUGAAAUAAAUUACUUAUUAAAAUCUGAAUUUCGUUUUAAGGUGUGUCUAUUAUGUCAAUCUAUUUCUAGUAGACAUUCAAAAUCAUCAGUAAGUCAACAAGAAACCAAAAACAUUACCAUUCCAAGUAUCUUCAGUAGCAGUAUCAUUUUAUUGCGUUUUAUCUUAAAACGUAGAUUCUUCCAGUAAUAAGGAACGAAGAGCUCAUCUUCAAGCAUGGCUGACAGUGAGGCAGAGCGAGCGCCGACCAAUCAGGAGGAAGUGAUCGGCGGCCAUGAAGGGGAGUGCGGCGAAACCAAGAUGGCGGCCGGCGGCCAUGAAGGGGAGUGUGGUGAAACCAAGAUGGCGGCCGGCAAGCAGCCGACCAAUCAGCGAGCAGCAGCUGAUCAGCUGGGCCAGCCCUACACGCUGAUCUCACUGCUGACCAGUGUGCUCUUUCUCAUCAGUUCGGCGCUGAUUGUGUUUGCUGCCUUCAGGAACACUCUAACCUGGCACUUGCAACGCUUCUGGGGAGCCAGUGGCGAUUUCUGGCAAGCCGGCUGGGAUCGCAUUUUGGAUGCAGUUGGCGAAGAUCCCGUCAACUUUUGGGUUUUCGGAACUGUGAUAUUCACAUUUUCGGUGUACUGGAUCCUGGGUGGCAUCUACACUGUGAUGGAUAUAAUCAACAAACCGGCCGCACUGCGCAGGUACAAGAUACAGCCGGGCACAAACGAGCCUGUCGAAACUAAGAGGCUUAUCAAGGUGAUUGGCUCCGUCGUGUUCAACCAGAUAGUGGUGGGACUUCCGGUGUCCUAUCUGAGCUACUUCCUGAUGGCGUGGCGAGGCUUCCCUCCCCUCCGCGAACUGCCCACCUUCCACUGGGUGUGCGCCGAGUUGGCGCUCCACAUACUUGUCGAGGAGAUCAGCUUCUAUUACUCUCACAGACUUCUGCACAGCCGCAUGUUUUAUAAGCACAUUCACAAGCAGCACCACGAGUGGACGGCUCCAAUCUCAGUUACCGCCAUCUACUGUCAUCCCAUCGAGCACAUAUUCAGCAAUCUGUUGCCGCCCUUCCUCGGGGUGUUUAUAGCUGGAUCGCAUGUGGCAACGGCCUACCUGUGGUUUGCGAUCGCCAUUAUCUCCACCCUAAAUGCGCACUCGGGCUACCAUUGGCCCUUCUUUCCCUCGCCUGAGGCUCACGACUUUCAUCAUCUCAAAUUCAACCAGUGCUACGGUGUUCUUGGAGUGCUGGAUCGUCUGCACGGCACAGAUACGGUGUUCCGGAACUCACGCAACUACGCCAGACAUCUCACCAUGCUCACUCUAGUGCCAGCGCGUGAGCUCUACCCCGACCAACAGCCCAAGUACAAACAGCAAAAGGCACUGUAAAACAGCCAACUGAAACAUCGAUAAUAAUUUAUCACAAUAUUUAUUGAGAAGAGGGUCUUUCAUCCAUCUUAAAGCGUAUAAUUUAUCAUAAGAAAUGAUGGUAGGGAGUUAUCUGUGUACAAGGCUUGUUCAGAAACAGCCGAGACAUCUCCACAGUGAUCUCUGCUAUCACUAACGCCUAUCAGUAUAUUUAAUAAUAAUCAUUGUAUGUGAUAAUUGUAGGAUAUUAGUAAUAUUGGACAAGUGCAACAAUUUCACAAACCUCACAAUUUCACGUUUGCCAAGUGUUCCUCCACUUACAGUCGCAAAUAUUGGUUUUAUUCAGUGAAGUAGGCCUACUUAAUAUAUUUUGACAACAGUGCCUUGCUUCAUAAAAAUGUAUAGUAAGAUUCACUAUAAACUGUCAGAGUUGUUUCAUUGAAAUGCUGAGAAUUUAAAGUAAAUCUUACUGUAGGAACUCUGUAAACAAUCUGACCGUAAGGCGUGUACACAUGUUAUUUUAUUCAU